GCGUCAAAACCAGUUGCCUUCUGUACGGGCACAGAGAGCUCCAUCUUUCCCGCUGAGCUUGUGUUAGAUUCCUCCUGUCUGCAAGGUCCUAGUUAACAAGAUAAUUGGAUUCCGCAGAAGCUGCCACGUUCAUCCUCAGAGAGCGAAAGCGACUCUCCCUUCUCGGCUGCCGGGCUCCGAAUAUUUGGGGCCUGCCAGAGGUGUGGGCAGCCGAGGCCAGCCGUGACUCAGCCAGGCGGGAGGGGAGGCAUUGCGCUCUCGAGAAAGCUGCUCUCGUCCCCGUGGAGACAUCCGUUUCCGAGAGCGACUGACUCAGACACUGGCAGCCUGGCACUCUGGAGCUGCGCUCGCAGCCGCCGGCGGGCAGCAAACCUCGUCUCUGCCUGCUGCCACAGAGGAACGGCCGCCCCGCCAAGCACCCUGCCCGGCUGACCUGGCCGUGAGGGGGUGGCAAAAGGGCAUUUGGCAUUUUGCUGCCUGGCACAGAUGACGCAGCCUGCCUCCUUUGUGAACCGGCGGCAGUGGCGGCUGCCCUGUCUCUUCCACUUCGGCGGGUGCCCACCUGUGGCUUGUCGCUGCCGGCGGAGAGGCAGAGAGAUGCGCUAGGAGGACUUCUUUGGCUGGCGCCAAAAACACAGGUCCAAUGCCCACAUCCUGCCAACAUUCAUGUGGCUGCAGCCGGGGCCCAGGCAUGGAGCGGGGGAAAUGGUACGGGGUUCGUUCCUACCUGCACCUCUUCUAUGAGGACUGCACCGGAGCGAAUCUGGACGGCGAACUGGAUUUGCCCCCAAAAUCUCCAGCCAGCAGCGGCUGGUCUUCUGUCCUCUGGAAGGUGACCCUCUCGGUUGGGACCCUGCUGCUGCUCAUUGGCGCCUCGGCUUUGGCCACGGGCUACCUCCUGACCCCCAAGCUGGAAGGGAUCGGCGAGGCAGAGUUCGUGGUGCUCGACCAGCAGGCGGUGGAAUACAACCACGCCUUGGGGAUCUGCCAGGCCGUGGGUGCGGUUCUAUGCGCCCUGGCCGGGGCCCUGCUGACCGCCUGCCUUCUGUCCUCAGGGCUGCGCAACUUGAACGGAGGCGGCAAGCGGGGGCAGGACGGCGAAGACCAGGAGGAGCAGCUGUCCCCCAUCUUGCGGGAGGGCUCCCCUGGACAGCACCGGGGCGCCAUUGUCACAGCAGCUCCUGUGCCCUUCAGAGACCCCUGGGUGCAGAGUAUUCAGCCUAAGAGAGAGCCGUAAACCCAGACUUUUCCAGAGGGGAAGAAGCCAUGCGCCGAGGCCCACACAGGAUAUAUUUCCAAGCUGUCGCUUCCCUCGUCGAGCUGUUUGGUGCAUCAUGCUUUGAAUGUCAUGUUUCAAACCAGUGGCUCCCAGACUUUUUCAGGGCACCGUCCCCUUGGUUCCAUAAAUUCACCCCCAGGGCCCCCGACUAUUCUGAAACGUCUCCCUUAAUAAGGGGACGUGGGUGGCGCUGUGGGUUAAACCACAGAGCCUAGGACUUGCCGAUCAGAAGGUUGGCGGUUCGAAUCCCCACGAUGGGGUGAGGC